CAAAAUCAAACCUUAUGCUCAAACAAGUCGCUUCUACCAAAAGCAGCCAAAAAGAUUAUUUUCUACCUUUAUUCCGGUAAGUUUUGGAAAUGUUAAAGGGACACCCUUAUGGCUGUACAGGCCCAACGCAACAGCUCAUCUGGCUCUGACCCAAUCUCUUAUGAAGAAGGAUCAGGUCCAUUGGCAAUCAUCAUUAUCCCAAGCUUGCUGGCUCUCAGCACCCUGAUCGUUGUGUCUCAGAUAAUAUGGAGCUUUAUUACCAAAAGAUCAUCAGCUCAGAUUAUCACAGGCUCAUCUUCAAAUGUAAAUGAAGGGGACCCUGUACCUUUGGACACAGGCUUUGUGAACAUGCGGCCUGCACAGGAUGCUCUGGAUCCAUGGGAUAUACCUGCUCAGUGCACUCUGGAGGGGGUGGAGCCGUUUCAGAUGGGACGUUAUGGGCCAAUCUGCACGGGUCAGCUAAAACAAGACAACACAUCCACUGCUGUAGUGAUUAAAACUCUUAAAGAAGGGUCAAAUCAACCGGAGGCUACUGAAUUUGUGGAUUUUGUCCUUUUCCACGUAGCAGUGAGCAAACAUGAGAAUAUAGUCAAGAUGUUAUACUGCCAGACACGCCGGAUGCCCAUGUACCUGGUUUUGGAGGCAAGCGUUCCAGGGAACCUCCUGCAUUUUCUCUGGAGUCUUCGAGAGGACAGAUGUGGCACAAGUGAUCAUUUCCAGAUGUUUUCAGAGAGGUCCGUUUAUCUUGUAGCUAAACAGGUAGCAGCAGGACUGGACUAUUUACUCUCCUACCACAGAAUUAUUCAUGGGGAUGUUGCAGCCCGGAACAUGCUGAUUGGUUCAGGGCUCUCUGUGAAAGUCUCUGGAUUGGAUUUGGCUUUUAAGAGCCGACAGUCGAGAACGGUGGACAAAGAACAAGAAGCCAAUGUGCCGGUAAAAUGGAAGGCCCCUGAACGGAUGAUGAGGCUUCCCCUAACAGACAGAAGUGAUGUAUGGUCCUUUGGAAUCCUGCUUUAUGAGAUGAUAACCCUGGGGUCUCCUCCCUAUCCUGACCUGGAUCCAUCUGAAGUGCUGCCAAACACUUUAGCCCAUUACCGAAUGAAAAGACCAGAAAACUGUGGAGCCCCAUUGUAUGACUUAAUAAAGUACUGCUGCAUGUGGAACUUCAAGGACCGGCCUGUGUAUUCUGCCAUUAUUUGGCUUCUAGACUCGUACAAAUACUUUGCUGACACAAAACCACUUUGCGCUGGACAGCAAAUGGACAUCUGUGAAUACAGGAGGAAAGCAGGACUGCCUCCAUGAGAUCUACUCAAUCAAAGAAACAAUUAAUUGAUCAUUUCUACAUUGCAUGAAAAUGGCACAAUUGAUUCAGUUCCAUUAAGACUGACAUCAAUUAAUAAUAAUAAAGUCUAGCCUUGUCACGACCAGCAGAAUGUCACUAGAGGUCGCCUUAUUUCUUGAAACUGGAGAUUACAUGCAUAGUGGUCAACUAAAAUUUAUUUAAAUGUUUCCAGCUAAAUAAAUUUGUUACUAAUGUAU